AUGACUUUAAAGGGAUUCAUGUAUAAAACGUUACCAAGUGUUGAAGGGCUCCAUGCUAUUGUGUCAAAUAGAGUUGGAGGACCUGUUAUUAAAGCGGCCCAUGAUACUGCUCCAGAGCAUGCUUUGAGACCUGGUUUCUUACCUGCUUUUGCCCUUGCAACAGACCGAGGGAACAAACUUGGACUUUCAAAAAAUAAAAGUAUCAGCUGUUACUGUUACACCUACCAGGUGAUUCAGUUAAAUUUGGUGGUGAGUUUCAUAGGCCGCAGCCAUGCCAAUACAGGACUAACUGUCAGCCUAGAAAAGAAACUUGCUCUGUUAUUUGAAGAAUUGAGACAAGUUGUGGAAGUUUCUUAA